CCACCAUUCAGGAACCCGGAAGAGAGGCUGCCAACAACAAAGGAGCAGAAGCCUUGGCAGAAGGAGCUUCUUGUCAUUUAUCACAUGGAGAAGGGAAGAGGUUCUCCAGCCCAGAUGGAAAUUGUUUUGGAGACCAAAGUGAAGGUGGAGGAGCCAGACCCAGCCAGCCCUGAAGGAGGAGGAGGAGGAGGAGAGUCCAGUGACACGUGGGGCGGGAGAAGUCUGGAUUUCCAGGGAGAAAUGGAUCACGAUCUCCUGAAUAGGAAGGCGGCCAGUUCGGAUGUUGUCUGCCAGCUCUUCCGGCGUGUCCGUUUCCAGGAGGACAAGGGCCCCCGAGAUCUUUGCAGCCAACUCCACGCUCUCUGCUGCCUGUGGCUGAAGCCAGAGAAACGCACCAAGGCGGAGAUGGUGGACCUGGUGAUCCUGGAGCAGUUCCUGGCCGUCCUUCCUCCAGAGAUGGAAAGAUGGGUGCGGGAAAAUGGGCCGGAGACCAGUUCCCAGGCGGUGGCUUUGGCUGAAGGCUUCCUCCUGAGUCGUUCAGAAGAGGAGAAGACGCUGCAGGAAGAGGAACAGGAGAAGAGAGAGAUCCUUCAGGCCCAGGAGGUCCCGUUGGAUACCAGUCAGAACUUCCCUACCAAGUGGAUCAAGCUGGAGGAGGACAAUGAGACUGUUCCACUAGGUUAUGAGCCAAGGAUUCUGCGAAGACAGAAUAACUCGUCUUUUCCCGAUGCAGGAAAAACGGCCUCUGUGCAACAAGAUCAGGUCUGCCAAACCGUGGGUCCGAAGAAAGUGCGUGCCAAGAAGAAAAGGAUGAUGUGCUUGGACAUAAAGCACGAAAUCAUCAGAAAACACGAGCAAGGUGUGCGUGUUGUUGACCUGGCGAGGCAGUACAAUCGUAGCCCUUCGAUGAUCUGUACGAUUUUGAAGCAGAAGGAGUCGAUUAAGGCGACGACGCCAGCCAAGGGCGUUACAAUUAUUUCAAAGCUCCGGACCGCUGUCCACGGAGAAAUGGAGGAGUUGCUGUUGGCGUGGUUGACGGAGAAGCAGCUCGUGGGAGAUACCGUCACCGAGAGCAUCAUCUGCGAGAAGGCGCGAGUCAUUUACAGGGAUUUGUUGCGCCGGACGCCGGGAACAUCCAUGGACAGGGCGUCGGAAGAGUCGUUCAAAGCCAGUCGGGGAUGGUUGAAUAACUUUAAAAAGAGGACCGGCAUUCACUCUGUCAUCAGGUAUGGAAAGAAACACCCUGAAAGAGUUGCGACAAGUCGUGCAUUGUCACCGUGUGAUGACAACUGCCCCACUCAUUUUAGGAACACCUUCAAAGGGAGGAAGACACACACUUCCUUGAACAGGUUUCUAUCUAAACGUCUUGCAAGUGGAAGCAAGGGAAGUGUGGCAAAAAAGGCAAACAUCAGUGAAGAGGAAGAUUAAGUGAAGUCUGGUAUUGAAGAAAAAUACUUACUCCACA